AUGGCGCGUAAAGGCCCUGGUACAGACGGCCCUCUACAGACAGCCCUUCUGGAAUCCACGUCUGCAGCCACAACAAGAGCUUCUAAAGGACAGAAGAUCUUCAGCCCCAUAGCUGCAUUCCUUGAUAAACACCGCAGCCAAACCACUGGCCUUGCUCCUCACCUACUGAGAGCCCUCACCGCUCUAAGCGAUGACCUUGCCUUGGUAGCUCAACAACAUUUCAACGCCUAUAUCAGCGGUAUCUUGAUGAUCUCCAUUCUACCUGCCCUAUCUCCUUCCCCCUCCUCUUCCCCCACCCUAAAUCCCUUACCCCCUUUACCCUCUCCCUUACGUUCCCCCUCAGUCAAAUCAACUUCCACCACUCACCCUAAAGCCUCCGUCAAAAAGCCUAUGCCUCUGGUGAAACAACCUCAUCCUAAUAAUUGGCUCUUCGUACGCCUCCUAGCUAACUAUGCAGCCAGAAAAAUGGAAGCCUACACUAUCUACUCUAGCCUACAGUCUCAACUAAACUUAAAUAGUGCAGCACUAAAAGAAGUUCAAGCUACAAAGACUGGCUUUGCACUAUGCCCCUCAUCUCCAGAAGCCCUUCUAGCCCUUAAGGCCCAAAAAGAGACUAUCUCUGCAUUCUUUGUUAACUGCCAGAUAGAACGCAGCUCCCGAUGGAUCUCAUACCGAGUCACCAACGUGCCAAGAAAAAUUGGCCAAAUCUUGGAUAGUCAAUACUCUCUAAUCCCUGUCAAUCCUACACUACUAUCCUUAGAAAUUAGCGAAACUACAGGGCUUAAGCCUAUAUCUAUUAGCGAGACCACUACGAGCGCUGCCAACCCUGAUACUCUCUCCUUAAGCUGGUUUGUCAACUUCCUAGAAGGCGCAAAAUUACCACUGCCUAUCUAG